GGGGGUGCGGAGCCCUUGGGGACAGCCCUGGGGGGAUGUAGGGUCACGGGCAGAGGGGAGCCCCUGCGGUGCAGCAGGACAGAGGGACGUGGGGACAGCAUGGGCAGGAUGGCAGGGUGUGACCCCCCCAAGGGGCUCCGCUCUCACCCCCACUUCUGCCCAGCUCAGGCUCCAGCGGGGACCCUGGGGCGGCCACCAUGUCCCAGGCCAUCGCCUGCCUCAAGCAGCAGGGGGAUGGUGGGGAGAGCCCCCCGCCACCAGGAUCCCCGCUCGUCUUCCCUCGGGAGACGUUGUUUCGGCAGGCGAGCGGGGUCACCUACCGCAUCCCGGCUCUGCUCUACAUCCCCCCCGCAUCCACCUUCCUGGCCUUCGCCGAGAAGCGCUCCUCGGCCAGGGACGAGGACGCCAAGUACCUGGUGCUGCGGCGGGGCCGCCGGCACGGCUCCUCGGUCGAGUGGGGUCCGGUGGAGGAGCUGUUGGCGUUGGUGCUGCCCGGCCGCCGCACCAUGAACCCCUGUCCCCUCUACGAUGCGACGAGCGGCACCGUCUUCCUCUUCUGCAUCUGCGUGGAGCAGGGGAAGACAGAGCGAUGUCAGAUCUGGAGAGGCUGCAGCGCCGCUCGCCUCUGCUACGCCACCAGCGCCGACGGCGGCCGCAGCUGGACCCCGCUGCGGGACGUGACGGGCGAAGCCAUCGGCACCGACCUGUCCCGUUGGGCCACCUUCGCCGUGGGGCCGGGCCACGGGGUACAGCUGGAUUCGGGGCGCCUGGUCGUGCCGGCGUACGCCUACUACGUGCACGGGUGUUUGUGCGGGGUUGUGCCGCUGCCUUGCUACACCCGGCAGCACGCCCUCGUCUUCUACAGCGACGACGGCGGGCGCAGCUGGCACAAGGGUGCCCUGGUUGGCGGCGGGCGGACGGGCGAGUGCCAGGUAGCCGAAAUCGGUGGGAGCGAUGCCGGCCAGCCCUUGCUCUACUGCAACGCCCGAGCGCCGCGGCGUUGCCGGGCCGUGGCGUUCAGCGCCGACCUCGGGCUGCGAUUCGAGCGCUCGGCGCGGUGCGAGGUGCUGGGCGAACCGCCGCGGGGGUGCCAGGGCAGCGUGGUGAGCUUCGCCGCGCCGACCGGCACCGGGGACGCACCGACUUGGUUACUCUACUCCCACCCCACCGACCGGCACCGCCGGCGUGAUUUGGGCAUCUAUCUCAACCCCUCGCCGCUUCACCAGGGGAGUUGGCGGCACCCAUGGGUGCUGCACCCGGGGCCGGCCGGUUACUCCGACCUGGCCGUCUGCCCUGGCGGCGUUUUCGGCUGCUUGUUUGAGUGCGGCACAACCAGCACCUGCGAGGAAAUCGCCUUCUGCCUCUUCACCCUGGACGCCUCUGACCGCGGCGAGCAGCACCUCAAACCUUUUUAAAAUGGACCCAUUUUAGUUGGGGGGAGGGUGUUUGCUCCCAACCACCAGCGGCCAGAACUGACGAGCGCGGCAACGCCAGGACCUCACCAGAGACGUUUUGGAUGUGCAGAAGGCUCAGCAUUUUAUUUAAUUAACGCUUGGCUUUUUAAUCACCCGUCAGGUAGAUGUUGGCGACCUGUUGGGGGGGUGGGGGAUCUGCUGCAGGUUGGCCGGUGGGGGGAUGCCGGCACGGCACCCGAAAUGCUGCUGCUUCACCAAAACUCAGAAUUUUUCACCUGGUAGCAGCAAAAAAGCAGAAGGUGCCACCGAGAACUGCCGGUGACCUGGGGAAAAAUACUCAAAAGUGGUGGUUUAGUUAAAAAUAUUGGUGAUUUCUGCCUCCCCUCCAUGCGGCAGAGAGGGGAUUCCCCUUUUUUUACCAUGGUUUUAUCCCAUUUUCUUCACCUUCCUGGUUCAGGCUGUUUCGCUCCAUAUUCCCAUGGGAAAAGCACUCAGACCUUGGGGAGGGGCAGCGGUUAUUCUGCUCCAGAGGGAACAGGUUGUGGCAUCCCGACAGCGAGAGCAACCUCACGUCCCCGUGCUGUUGCCGCCGAAUAAAAUCCUCCCAAAAUGGGUGAAA